UUUUGACUCGGACAAAACGAUGGUCCGUCGGGACCUAUGAGCACUUCGCCGCUGCCGUUUACGACCAAGUCCCACGUCGAGCUGCAUGACAAGCGCGGUACGUGCCUGCACAAGUCGUCAAAGCGCAAGUACGUGCACACGAGCCACGGCGCGGGCCUGCACCACCUGCAUGGCCUCCUCCAUUCGCUGCACGCGCCCGAGCUCGCGGAAAUCGGCGCCAUCGUACCCCCGGAGGAGAGUAUGUGCACGUACCUUCUUCUCGACGGCGACGGCGACUGGGUCCAACUGACGAUGGACGACUUUACCUCGGCCACGGCCAGCCCGCUGCACCUCAAACUCGUGCUGCGGCCCAAGCUGGACCGGCCGACGCCGCGGCGGGGCGAGGAUCCAGGACCACGACGCGUCAAGCGGCGCCAGUCCCUUCCGCUUGCGCCGGCUCUUAUCCCGCGGAUCAACGCUACGUUAACGCCCUUGCCGCUUCCCAUCGAUGCGAUUUUGGUACCGAACCGAGCGUGGACGAGCUUGGCGUUUGCGGACGCUUCCAAAACGCUCUACUGGCUCGACGAGCUGCAAGGCAACCUUGGCAGUGUCGACGUGACGUCUGGCGCGGUGCGCGUGCUGCAGUCGGACUUGCGUCGCCCGCGUCAGCUGCAUCUCGGAACGUCGCGCGAUGCCAUAUGCCUCUAUUUCCUGCAAGGCGAAGGCGACUUGUGUGUCUACGACAUUAGCGGUGUCGUGCGCCUUGUUCAGUGUGCAGGUCCGGUCAGCGGUUUUUGCAUCACACCUGACCUUGCGUCACUGCUCGUCCUGGAAUCAGCACCCAACGGUGCCACCUACCACGUCGUAUCGUACAUGCACUACGCCACAAGCACUGACGUUAACGAGGUCGGUGACGCACGCUGCGUCCUUUUCGACGUCGACGCGCCGACGGUGACCGCAACACCAUCGGCGCUGUGCGUGACAGAUACGGGUGCGCUCUGCGUUGCCUGGACAGCGGCUCCCUUCGUGACGGUCUGUCGGUCAAGCGACGACACAAGUAUGUCGGUCGAGCCGUGGGACUUUUCAAGUGUGAUCCAGCACCACGUAAGUCUCCCUGCAGAGUGCACGGCCAUCACAUACCACGCGACCUCGCGCACGUUACUACUGGGAUUGGCCGAUGCCGACGCUGCACGCGGUGGCCUCGCUCGGCUCCUCCUGCCUCGAGACCACGCUCUACCAACGUUGCAUCUCGAGCCCGAGCGCGUCUUGCCCGUCUUGGCGCUGACGCACGCGGGCAGCGACGAGCUCUACUACUGCGUACGGCGCCAAGGGUACCAGCACGACAUCCUAACGUGGCACUUAUCGACGAGGCCCGACGACGACGAGCCUCCUUCCAAUAUGUCGCCAACUCCAGCGACGCCCGAGAGCACGCCGCAGCGCGUGCACAUCAAGGUCCUCGUGCGCUGCCGACCGCUGCUCGCGCACGAAGAGGCAGCGGGGCAGCGGUCGGUCGUCGCCUGCGACGGCAACCGCGUCUACGUCGAGCCCAUCCACGCGUACCAAAAGCCCCGCGCGUUCAACUUUGACACGGUGUUUGGUCCGUCGACGACCCAAGAGGACCUGUUUGCGACAUCGAUUCAGCCGAUUGUGCAGCAUGCGAUCAGUGGCUACACGUGCACCGUGUUUGCGUAUGGGCAGACCGGCUCGGGAAAGACGCACUCGAUGCAGGGCCAUCGCGGCGGUGCCGACGCCGGUCUCAUGUACCGCGCCAUCGCCACGGUGUUUGCCUCACCGGCAGUCACGAGCGUGCGCAUGUCGUAUGUGGAGAUCUACAACGAAGAGAUUCUCGACCUCCUCGCAGCCAGUCUCCGGCGGCAAAGCGAUCGACCGCAGGUGGUCACGACGUCGUCCAAGGCGCUCCGCGACGUGGCCAAGAAGCGCGGCGUCCGCAUGAAGUACGAACAAACCCGUAGUCGGGACAAAAAAUACGACCUCUCCGACGACGACGAGAGUGCGGGUCGCCCAAGUAAAUUGCACAUUGUCAAGCACGCGCUGCACGGUGUGCGCGUGCACGGGCUCCACGAGGUGUCGGUGGCCACCGCUGCGGACGCCUACGAGCUGCUCGAGCUCGCAAUUCAGUGCCGGCAGCAGUCGGCCACGCUCUGCAACAAGGAGUCGAGUCGGUCGCACGCGAUCUUCACCUUGUACACCGACACGACCCUCGUUGAAGACGGCCAGUCGAUCCAAGCCAGCGGGCAGCUUCGGCUCGUGGAUCUCAGCGGCUCGGAAAACUACGAGCGCGCGGGGUGUCUGAAAGAUCGGCAGGUCGAAGCCGCCAACAUUGGCCAGGGCCUCCUCGCACUCGGCCGUGUCAUCAAGGCGCUUGUCGAGGGCUGGAAGCACGUGCCGUACCGAGAAAGCAAGCUCACGCGGCUUUUGGAAGAUAGUAUUGGCGGGUCGGCGCUGACGACGCUGCUGCUGGCCGUCGCACCGGGCAGCGCCGCCGUCGACGAGACGCUGAGUACGCUCUCGUAUGCGCAGAUGGCGCAGCAGGUCGUCAACCGGCCGACGCGCGUACACGCCUUGCUCCAGCCAACUCGAACCAAACCGAUCGAGCCCGUCGUCGUCGUGGCCACACCGUGGGUCGGUCAUGUGCCCAUCAGGACGUCGCCGCCACGGCUGACGAAACCAGCGGACGAACGUGUGCUGCAUGCGACGACCGAGGAGUGGCGAGCCAACCUCUUGGUGCACAAGGCGCGUGUGAAUCCGCUGAGUCGGCGCACGACCGGCAUACUCCAGAAAAUCUUCGACACGUACGACGCCAAGGCCACCGGCGUCUUGUCGCGAUUCGAAGUCCGGCGCGUGUUUAUGGACCUCCUGUGUCGACCCAAGGAGAGCGCGCCCAAGACAUUGACGUUUGCCGAGUUUGUCGACAUCUUCCAAACCUUGCUGCAGACCGACCCGCAGAUCGCACAGGACAUUAUCACAACCCACGGCUACACACUCAACCUCGAACGCACGCUGGUGGCGCCGCUCCCGGCCGGCGUGCGGUGUCUGCGGCAGUUGCAGCAGCACCGACCAGCGUCCGCCCCCGCGGCCCGUGCAGUAUUCAAUCGCAAGACGACGUGAACAUGCUAUUUCUUUCAACUACCUUAUAUACACCGUAUUCUCAACCUACAUGCUUUGCAC